AUGCUUCGCUGCCUUGGUCGGUCCACCGCCUCUAAUGCAGGUCUCCGGUCGUUCUCCACUUCGACCGCCCGCAGGAGCUAUAGUGAUACUAUCCAGAACUUGCGUAUCCACAAGGAUACAAAGGUGCUUUGCCAAGGUUUUACUGGCAAAACCGGCACAUUCCACUGCAGGGAGGCAUUAGCUUACGGUACCAAAAUGGUGGGGGGUGUUUCUCCCAACAAGGCGGGUCAAACUCAUCUCGGUCUGCCUGUGUUUGGCUCCGUCCGGGAGGCCGUCAGAGAAACACAACCCGAUGCUACUGUCCUGUAUGUCCCACCACCAACGGCCGCAGAUGCCAUCAUAGAGGCCGUCGAGAACGAGAUUGGUUUGAUUGUUUGUAUCACAGAGGGUAUUCCACAGGCAGAUGAGAUAAGGGUGGUGAAUGUUCUCGAGAGUCAGUCCAAGUCACGCCUUGUCGGGCCUAAUUGCCCUGGUGUCAUCAACCCACUGGGCUGCAAGAUGGGUAUCCAGCCCGGCCACAUACACAAGCCCGGCAAAAUCGGUAUCGUUUCUCGGUCCGGCACGCUGACGUAUGAAGCUGUUGCUCAAACAACGGACGUUGGACUCGGACAGUCACUUUGUGUGGGCAUCGGCGGUGACCCAUUCCCUGGCACACGACACAUCGACGUUAUCAAAGUCUUCCUUGAGGACGACGCCACAGAAGGAAUUGUCAUCAUUGGCGAGAUCGGUGGUUCCAUGGAAGAGGAGGCCGCCGAGUAUUUGGAGAAGUACAACAAAACACGCAAGAAUCCCAAACCGGUCGUGGGCUUUAUUGCUGGUCGGACUGCUCCACCUGGACGUCGUAUGGGCCAUGCCGGUGCCAUCAUCUCUGGUGGAAAAGGCGCUGCUACAGAUAAAGUAGCCGCACUUGAAAAGGCUGGUGCCAUUGUCACCGAUAGUCCAGCAAAAAUUGGUGCAGAAAUGCUCAAGGCUAUGAAAGCGGCUGGUCUCGUAUAG